AUGAAAUCAUCGUAUUAUUUAGAUAUCUUACGAGGACGAUCUCAACAAUUACCUGAUGUUCGAUCAAAAAUUAAUCAAAAGCUACAUUUUUUAGAUACAUUAACUGAACGAGAUUCUUUAAUUGAAAAUAUAUUUCCUAAACUUAAAGAUUAUUGUCGUGAAAAAUAUGGAUUAGAAUUUCAGUAUGCUGAUAUGCGAUGGGGAAUUCGAACAGAAUCAGCUAAUAAUCAUGAAGAAGUUGCAACAUGUUUAAAAGAAAUUGAAUUAUGUAAAAAAUAUUCUGUUGCUACUAAUUUUGUGGUAUUACUUAGUCAUCGAUAUGGCUCACGACCAAUCCCAGCUCAAAUUCGUGCAUCAUUGUUCGACUUAUUAAAAGAAACUGUUCUUAAUGAACAAAAUGAAAAUCAUGAUGCUGAAUUAUUAACGCAAUGGUAUCGACUUGAUACGAAUUGUAUACCACCAGCAUACAUCUUACAAAAUAUAUCAUCAAUUAUACCGAAUUUUUCAUCAAAAAAUACAGAUGAACUAAAACAGGCUGAUAAAGAAUGGAAAGAUAUAAAUAAUCGUUUAAGACUAUGUCUUCGACAAGCAGCAGAAACAUGUCUUGAACGAGAACAAAUUACUGAAAGUGAUUAUGAUGAUUUUUUCAUAUCAGUUACGGAAAAGGAAAUUAUCAAUGGUAUUCUAUCAGCAAAAGAUGCUAAUGAACGUACUUUAUGUUUUUUACGUGAGAUUGUUGAUAUUAAAAAUCAUAUAUCGGACGAAAAAACACGAAAAUAUAUUGACAUGCCAUCAGAAUCAGUUAUUGAUCAAGAAGCUGAAAAAUUACUCGACCGAUUAAAAAAUGUUCGUAUUCCAAAUGCGUUAAAAUCUCAAAACAUAUUCAAAUACAAACUUCAUUGGUCACCAAAUGGAAUUAAUCGACAAGAACAUUCUGAAUAUAUAGAAGAAUUUAAUAAUGACUUCUAUACAGCUAUGAAAGAACAAAUAGAUCGAUGUGCUCAAUCACGUUAUACAAUUGGUUCUAAUAGUUUACAACAUGAAGUAAUUGAACAUGCUAUACAAUGUAAAACAUAUAUUGCUAAAUUUCAUGGAAGAAUUGAUGUUUUAUCUAAAUUAGAAAAAUUUGUGAAAGAUAAUAUUGAGUAUCGACCAUGUGUUGUAUAUGGUGAAUCAGGUUGUGGAAAGACAAGUGUAAUAGCUAAAACAGCAACAGAGAUAUUUAAAUGGUGGUCUAAUCGAUCUGUUUCAGUUAUUUUGCGUUUUCUCGGAACUACACCGGUUUCUUCAACUAUUUAUAAAACAUUACUUUCUAUAUCUGGACAAAUCUCUGAAUUAUAUAAUAUACCAAUGAUCGCCUAUCCAACUGUAAAUCAACUUCGUGAUCAACUUGAUUUAAAUCUUCUUUCUCAAAUUCCUGAUAAUGAAUAUCUUCUAAUAUUACUUGAUUCAAUCGAUCAAUUACAUAGCGAUGCAUAUGAUUGUAAAUGGUUACCAAUAGAAUUUCCAUCGAAUGUUAAAUGUAUUGUAUCAACAUUACCCGAUCAUGGAGGUAUUUUAGGAAAUUUAAAACAUAUUUUAAUUGAAAAUGAAAAAUUAUUUAUACAUGUUCCACCAUUUGAACCUUCAACAGUUGAAAUUGUUUAUAAUGAUUGGCUUGAAAUAAAACAACGUUCAUUAAGUACAGAACAACGUUUAUUUAUAAAUAAUUUAAUGAAUAAAAAAAAUAACAUUCUUCCAUUAUUUAUGAAACUUAUGUUUGAUAUUAUAUCUUAUUGGCAUUCAUAUGAUCCAAUUGAUGAAAAAUUAAAUCAAUUAAAGGAUGUUGAUGAUUGUAUACGUUAUUUAUUUAAACGUUUAGAAACAAUACAUAAUAGUGUUUUAUUUAGUCGAGCAUUAUGUUAUAUGACAGCGUGUCGAAGUGGUAUUAGUCAAAAUGAACUUGAAGAUGUUCUUUCACUUGAUGAUGAUGUGCUUAAAAAUGUUUUUGAACAUUAUAUACCACCUGUUCGACGUUUACCAGGAAUUUUAUGGACAAGAAUUCGAAAUGAUUUAGAUGAAUAUAUUACUGAAAAAGAAAUUGAUGAUGCACCUGUUAUUUAUUGGUAUCAUCGUCGAUUUAUUGAAGUAGCACGAGAAUUAUAUAUAUCAAAUUUAGAUGAAACAGAACGAAAAGUAAUUUUUCAAAAUGUUGUUGAUUUAUUUAAAGAAACAUGGAAAGGAAAAAAUAAACCAUUUAAAAUCGAUGAUCCUAAAUUAGUUAAUAAAUACAAAUUAGAUGAAUCAGCUGGUGAAAUUCAAGCAAAUCGUUUUACAACAUCACAGCCUGUUGAAUUCAUUGAUGCUGACGGUCGAAUACAAUAUAAUAAAAGAAAAUUAAAUGAAUUACCACAAUUUUUAAGUAAACUAGCACCGGAUAUAGCAGUUCCAAUAGCAGCUGAAGAAAUCUUUUUUAAUUAUUCAUUUAUGCAUGCUAAAUUUAGUUGUUCAUCAUUUAUUGAUAUGCAAAAUGAUAUUGAUCAAUUUGAAAGUAUAUCAUCAUAUAAAUCAUCCGAAGAAGUUAAAAUGACUCAAAAAGAACUUUCAAUUCUUCGAAUGACUUAUUUAUUAUUUGGUCUCUUACUUAAUGAAUAUCCAGAUAAUUAUGCAUUUGAAUUAACAUCACGUUUAGUGACAUUAUACGGUUUAAAAACUAAUAUGACUAAUUUAUUAAAACAAUGUGAUGAACAAAGUCCACGUCAUUGUGCACUUAUUGUACCAUAUUGUCAAAUACAACCACCAGGAAAUGGUUUACUGUAUUCAAUGAAUAAACAUACAAUGCCUGUUGUUGAUCUGGAUUUUGCAAAUAAUCAAAUGGCAGCUAUAUCUUUAUCAAAUAAAAUAAUUGUUAUUAAUAUGCGUACAGGUAAUACAGCAGUAGAUAUUAAAUUACCUAAAAUAAAUGAAUCUUAUUUAAAUUCGACAACAUUACCAAAAAUGAUUAUUCGUGAUACAAAGGAAAAUAAUGCUAAUAAUGAUUCUGAUGAUUCUGAUGAUUCUUCGAAUUCAGAAGAAAAUGAAGAAAAAUUUAAACAAUAUGUUUUUUUUGUAAAUUCAUUUCAUCAUGUUUAUCUUUUAUCAAGUCAUGGUGAUAUUAAAUUUCACCGAACAUCAACAAAAGGAUAUUCAACUGUCGAAAUAAUUAGUAAUAAACGUGGUUUAUGUAUAUUAGCUGAACAAAAUUCUAAUACUGUUGAAUGCUGGAGUUUAGGAGAAAAUAAAUUAUUUUCUAAAAUUGAUUUAUCCUUAACAUCAUCAAUUAAAACAGUCUUAUAUUCUAAAUUAAGUUCAUUAUUAAUUAGUAUUGUUCUUUAUGAUGGAACUAUUCUAUUUUAUACUCUUAAUGAUUCAACAUUCAUUCAUUGUGGUACAAUUAAUGCUGGUCAACAUUUAGAUUUAGUUAUUGCUGAUAAAGAUAAAUUAAUUUGUACAUUUGAUUCAACAAUUCCUAUUGAUUUUGCUCAUAUUGAUUUAAAUUCAAUAGUUACAACACAAAAAGUUUUAUCUGAUAAAGAAAUAAUUAAAACAUUAAUUGCUUUUAAUCCACCUAUAAGUCCUAAACCAAUUGAACGAAUUGUAUUGCCUGAUAAUAAAGAAAACGUAUCAGAUGAUUCAAUGAAAAUAUUCUUUAUGGUUUUGACCAAAGAAUGUUUAUGUAUUGUGCAUACUUGUAUGAAAAAAAAUAUAUCAUAUGUGUGUAUUCCUGGUCAAUAUAAUGUUGUUUCAGUACAUGCACAACGUCCACAUUUAAUAUAUACUGCUCGAGGUGGUAUAAUUAAUAUGCAUAAAUGGAAGUGUAGUGAAGGAGAAGAUGAUGAAAAUGGCAAAUGUAAUUAUUAUCAUGAGCAUCAAUUAUUUCUUUCCAUUGAUAUCAGUUCGUCGUCAGUGCUUACUAUUAAACCAUCAGGUGAUUCUGCAAGUCUUUUUCUAUGUUCAAUGCAAAAUGGAGUUAUUAAUGCAUAUCAUGGUUUUGCAGCACGAGAAGCUUGUAAAAAACUACCACCGUUACCACGUACAACAGAAUUAAUUGGUACAAUUCAAUUAUCUGGAACAAAAGCAGUCACACUGGAUAUAUCGAAACAAGAGUUAACCUCAUGGUUAUACCAAUAUUCUACAUCGAUUGAAUCAAAACGUCAUUUUUCUAAUCCAACAAAAAUUGAUGAUUAUGCUGUUUUAUCUGAAACAACUGUACUUAUUAUAACAGAUGCAUAUUGGGCUGAAAUCUAUGCAUUAAAAUCUCUAACUAAAGAACCACUUUCUCGUCUUCAUCUUCGUUAUCCAACACGAGUAUUCACUAUAAAUGAAGAUACUUUUAUUUUAAUUACUAAUGACGGAUCAAUUCGUUGUAUAACCCAACAAAUAAAUAAAAAUAAUAUAAAAUUUAAUCAAACAUCAAAUAAACAAUUAAAUAUAAAAUGUUCAAAAUUAUUUGCUUCAAUAUUAACACUUAAUUCUAAAACAUCACUUAUUGUACUUGCUGAUGAUCAACAUUCAUUAGCCAUUUGGAGAUCAAAUGAAAUUAUUUACAUGGAUAUUGAUCUUUCACAAUAUUCACCAACACGCUUAAUUCGAAUGACAAGUGAAUGUAGUCAAGAAAUUCUUUUAUUCUAUUUUGAAAAUAAAUCUCUGUGUUCAUGUCGAAUACAAUUAGCAAAUAAAAAUUCUUAUCAAAUAACACCAUUUGAUACAGCUGAUAUUUAUACUUUAAAAAAUAAUUGUUUAGCUACAGCUAUUAAUGGUGAAAAUCAAUUAAAUUUACAUAAUAUUAAUUUAUGUGUUUGUCAUGAACCAAUCCAACUUGAAAAUGAAUGUGAACAAUUAUGUCUUAAUGAAUCAGGAGAUUAUGUGUUUGCUCUUGUUAAACCUCGCGUUUUAUGUAUGUAUCGUGUUAAAGACCGUCGUCAAUUAGCAAGAUUAUUUGUUUAUGAUUAUGUAAUAACAAUGAUUGCUAAUAAUGAUUUUAUUAUUUUGGCAAUGAAUGAUCGACGUUUAUUAACAUUAAUGAUUGCUGAUCCAGAUGAUCCAGAAUUACAAUCAAAAAUUCAAGCAUUACCAAGCAGAAAUCUUAAACGAGACAGUCAUUCAGCUGCGAAAAAUAUCGUUGAACAAAUGGAACAUUUUAUGGAUAUGAGUUCAGAUGAUUAUGAUAGCGACCUUGAAAAUGAUGAUAAAAUCGAUGAUAAAGAAUUUGAUGCAUAUAGAACAAGAAAAAUUAUUCAACCUAUUACUUCAUAUCGUUAUGUUCAUCGUCUUAAUGCAAAACUUUCAUUAUCAAAAAUGAAAAGCGGUAAAUCCUAUCGAGCAUAUUUUUUAAAAAAUUAUUCAGGUUGUCCAGAUCAAUCUGAUACAUCGGACUUUGCAAUCAAUGAUUCUGAUAAAGAUAACGUUGAUGAUGAUGAUGAUAUAGUUAUUGAAAACCAAUCUUCAAUAAAUAAUACUUUGACUGAUCAACAACAACAACAAACUCUUGAUGAUAUACGUGAAAAAAAUUUGGAAUAUAAUCGACAACAAAUCAAAGGAAUUCACUUAGCUAAUGCAGGAUCAAAUAAUUUAAAAAUAGUGAAUAAUUAUUCGGUGACAUCAAAUACAUGUAUAAUUCUGUGA